AAUAACAGCCCUUUGCUCGGUAAUAAAUCCCUUCUGUAUUUAAGGUUUUGCCUUCCUACCCAUUAAAGCUCUCCUCGUCAGCAUUACUUUUACUUUUCAGAAACAAAUAUUCAGUAUUACAGCCUAGGAGUUCUUUUGUUUUCCCCCCAUGGAUGCAAAACCCUGGGGGAUUUACGUAUCUACUUGAUAGGCUCACACAAUCUUAAUCAGCCUAUAAUGGAGCUAAUGGCUGUUUGUCAUCCUUGGAGAUAUAAAUUUCCUGGUGAUGUCUACUGCAGUCAGUACAUGAAGUAUGCUCUGACUGCCAGCAAGGUCUAAUAACCAGGAGAAGGGCAGCCAGCUUCAUUAGCGAGCCCGAGACCGUGCCGGCUGCUUUUCUGGGGAACUGUGCUUUUUGAAUGCCGAGAGGGAAUAAAGGGAAUAAUGGACAAUACCGUUGAUGGUUUGGACAAGGCUUCAAUUGCUAACUCAGAUGGACCAGCCCCAGGAUCCCAAACUCCCCCCUUCAAGAGGAAGGGCAAACUCUCCAACAUUGGCAAAAUCUUUAAACCUUGGAAAUGGCGGAAGAAGAAGACCAGUGACAAAUUCAGAGAAACAUCAGCAGUGUUGGAAAGGAAGAUUUCGACAAGACAAAGCAGAGAGGAGCUGAUAAGAAGGGGAGUGCUGAAGGAAAUGCCUGAGCAAGAUGGUGAUGUAACAGUAAAUUUUGAAACUUCAAAUGGACACACCGUAGCCAUUGGUGAAGAAACCAUACAGGAAGAAAAUGUGGUAAAAGCCAGUGGAAAUAAUGGCACUUUAUCAGAGAAAGCAUCAGCAUCAGAAGGAAAAAAAGAAGAUCAGAAAGAGAGCACUGGUCACUGCCCAGAAAUUCCGGCAUCCCAUGCUCCACCACUACCUAAGCCUAAGCCUAAACCUAAAAAAGCUCCGCUACCACCAAAAAAUGCCACUGCCGCUUCCACCGCCAGCAGCCAUAAGGGUAACGAAGCACCUCACGCUAAAAAAAAGGGAAAGGCUCCUGCUAAGCAGCCUCCUCUCCCACCACCCAAGCCAACGGGUGCCAGUGCAAAUCGAGAAGCUGCUGGUUCCUCUCACGCAAAAAAACUACCAGUCUCCAAGUCUUCUUCAUCACCAUCUCCUUCGUCCACAUCAUCUCAUCCCAAAGCCUCUAAGGAGACUUCCAGCAAAUCUGGCACAUCAGGGACUCCCAGGGGCAAGAAAAAACCUGGGAAACAGUCAGCCCCACGAACAGCACCAGACGGAGCUGCUUCCUCCCCCUCAGGUGCGACAGCCGACAGUGUGGAAGCGAAGGCAGAAAAACCCAAGCCUGAGCAAACUCCCGCAGUCAUCUUUGACACGGACAACGCGGACCCGCCCAGCAAGCUUGUUGUGCCCCCUCCUCCCUCCGCUGCCCCUCCUCCACCUCCACUUCCACCUCCUUUUCCUGCUGCAGAUCCUCAGCAGCCUGCUGGCUCCUCAGAUGGGCAGGAUGUGUCAGACAGCCCUGUGGCAGGGCCGCCAGGCUCGGACACUUCGAAGGCUCUGCUCCCGACCGAGCGUGGCACAGACCCGAGUCUGAGCAGUGCGGCCCCGGGCAGCGCUCCAGGUGCCAGAGACCACCACACGGAAAGCAUGGCUCCCAAAGAAGACCAGGAAGGGGAGGCUCCAGAUGAAGCAUUCUCUGAGCUAGUGGAGGAGGCUUCUGACGCUGCUGCCCCUCCUGAGAGUGAAAGCAGCAGAGACAGCCACGGCAGUGACUCGGACUCAGACGGGCCGAUCCUGUACACAGAUGAUGAUGACGAUGAUGAUGAUGAUGAUGAUGAUGAGAAUGCAAGCACUGAAAGCUCUUUGGCAAGUAAAAUUCGUCGUAGGGAUACUCUUGCUAUCAAACUUGGCAACAGACCAUCUAAGAAAGAGUUAGAAGACAAAAACAUCUUGCAGCGUACAUCCGAAGAGGAGAGGCAGGAAAUCAGACAUCAGAUUGGAACAAAGCUUGUGAGGAGGCUUAGCCAGAGGCCCACAACUGAAGAGCUGGAGCAAAGAAAUAUCCUGAAGCAGAAGAAUGAAGAAGAGGAACAGGAAGCCAAAAGAGAAAUAAAACGUAGACUCAGUAGAAAGCUUAGUCUGAGGCCUACAGUGGCUGAACUUCAGGCGAGAAGAAUCCUUCGAUUUAAUGAGUACGUGGAGGUCACGGAAUCUCCGGAUUACGACCGUCGUGCUGACAAGCCUUGGGCCAGGCUAACUCCUGCAGACAAGGCAGCAAUACGGAAAGAACUGAAUGAAUUCAAAAGCACAGAAAUGGAAGUACACGAGGAAAGUCGGCAAUUUACCAGGUUUCAUCGUCCAUAACUGUUUGACCGCAUACCAUAUUUCAAGUAACAAUUUUCUUUGGGGAAAUCAUUGCAUCCUGAAGACCUGAAAUUGCACUGGAACUUGAUUAUGAGUGUGUGCUACAGCUUACCCUGAGGCUAAUGAAGAAAGUGGCCCUUGUUUUUGUCAAUGGACAAAUGAUUAGUCUAGGAGGAGAGCCCAGAGGAAGCGUUUGUCCAUGUCCAGACAAACCACGGUUCUGUGGCCAGCCCACACGGACAAGCCAGUGGACUUCUUUGUGAGAGCUCCAUGAGUCAGGAAGUGCCGAGGACAAUCGCUGGAGAGCCUGCUGCCAGGAUCUCAUCCGCCUUCAUGGGGCUGGGACUGAGGGAACAAAGAGGGAGCGGGGGUGACAAAAGAACUGAGAGCUGGGGGAAAAGAGACUUUUGUCUGUCAGUCCACAGAGCUAAGUGGAAUGGAUGGGGCUGCUCAACAAUGCAUUUGGCCAGUGGGAAGAAUUAUUUUUUAAAAGAAAGACUGUAAGCAACUGUGCAUGUAGGUUUUUUUCAGUGGAUGCAGCCUGUCUUAAAAAGAUAGCAAGCCAUAAGUCCUUGUGUCAUCAGUACUUUAGGAAGAACUGUCAUUUUCUUUGGUGCCAGUAAAUACAGUUGCCAGAAAUUAGUCCUAGUAUAACUCAACUGUCUUUUUUUAAAUCCCAGUGCACAUGCUUCAGGAAAACACAUGGAACAUUCAUACAGAACAAGUAAUAUAUUUUUUGGCUUUUUAAUGUUGACAUACUCUGGAUCCUCAGAGAUACAUAAACAGGAUUUGAAGGACAAAUCAUGUGACACUAUGAAUGCAAUGAAAUGCUUUGUGUUUAGAAACACUCCUUGCUGUCUGUCACUUGCCAUUCAAACCAGAGGGAUCAUUAUCUUUGUCAUCCAUGGCAGGCAGUAGUGACAACUUGGACAUCAUGCUAGUGUGAAUCCAAAGUCAGAAUUGAAAUUAGGCACAGAAGUCUUUAUUAGUAGGACUGAGCAGUGACUACUAAUGUAACUUUUUACAUUUAAGGACUCUUGCACUGCUUUGAGGAAGAAAUCCCAAACGAAUCAGCGUGUCUUCAGCUAGUGGUCCUUUAAAAGUGAAAGAAAAAUCCUUGGAGUGUCUCCAGCCUGUUUUUAUUGAGUGUGAAGAAUGAGUCUUAGAUUCCUAAUUUUUUAUACUAUCUUGAAAUUGUACAUGUGAAUAGAAUACUAUUAAAAUUAAGUGGUAUGGAGUGUGAAAGGCAAUACAUGGUUUUUCUAAAUUGGCCCAAAGGCCUAUUAAAAAGCCUGUGGCAUUGUUUACACUAAGAAAUUCUCUGUCCUAUAUUAGCACUUAUUUAUCCUUUGAAUUAGUGUACACAACAGUGGGGGGGGGGGUCCUGGAAUUCACAUAUGCAUACAUUUAAUGCAGUAUUACAAUAUAUUUGCUAUUUAUCCUUUCUAAUGUGUGUACAUAUUACAAAUUAUUUUUGUCUUUUAUGUGUCCUGUUCAGUUUUUAAUUAUGAAGUGUAAGUAUUUCUUUUUCUGGCAAUAAAAGAUCUGUGUAGAUGUGAUUUUUACCUCA